GCAACGCCGGCUCAGCAGGCUCAGCUGAGCUAUAAAAAGGCAUAGGAAGGGGGAGGAAGGGCUGCCGUGCAGUAGGAACUGUGCAGAUACACACACACGGGGAUCCAGGAAAGGCAGCCCAUUGCACUGGGAUCUAGAGCCACACCGCCACCGAGAGUUAAAGGAAACACUCAUCUAACGCAACACGAUGGCAGACAAAAUUAAAGAUGCAAAGAUCAUCUUUGUAGUGGGUGGGCCUGGCUCUGGAAAGGGCACCCAGUGUGAGAAAGUGGUUGCCAAGUAUGGCUACACUCACUUGUCAUCAGGAGAUCUGCUCCGUGCUGAGGUGUCUUCUGGCUCAGAUAGGGGGAAGCAGCUCCAGGCCAUCAUGCAGAAGGGAGAGCUUGUGCCCCUGGACACAGUCUUAGACAUGAUUAAGGAUGCCAUGAUCGCCAAGGCUGAUGUCUCCAAGGGCUACCUUAUCGAUGGCUACCCCCGUGAGGUGAAGCAGGGCGAGGAGUUUGAGAAGAAGAUUGGCAAACCCUGCCUGCUGCUCUACGUUGACGCUAAAGGAGAGACCAUGGUCAAGAGGCUCAUGAAGCGCGGUGAGACCAGCGGCCGCGCUGAUGACAACGAGGAGACCAUCAAGAAGCGCCUGGACUUGUAUUACAAAGCAACCGAGCCAGUCAUCGCCUUUUACGAGGGCCGCGGCAUUGUCAGGAAGGUCGACUCUGAGCUGCCAGUGGAUGAGGUCUUCAAACAAGUCUCAACAGCUAUUGAUGCAUUGUAAAGUAAAGCAACAGAGCUAGACGGUCUGGUUGUUGUUUUUUAUCUUUAUGUUGUCGUAUCAAUUUCCUAAGGACAAAACAUGAACGAAAUAAUACAUUUCCCACUCAUUUUGGUAAAAAUAACAACAAAACUGAAGGCCGUUGAGGAUCAAAGAUGCCUUAACUUUACUCCUCCUCCAGCUAUAGGAGGCUCAAAGCUCAAACAACAGUGAGUCAGUUUAAAGCAGUAUCUGAGAAUCCAUUCUUUACAUAAGUCUUGCUUUUUUUCUGUGCUAAACAUGUGUGUCGAUAUAUCAAAGUGACAUCUUGAAAAGUUGUGUAUACAGGAGUUUUCAACAUUCUACUAACCUUAGAGGCACCAUGCUCACUCUGGGGCAAACCUGCACUUUACACAAUCUUGUGUAUACAUAGAGUAUGGGAAAAUAACACACUUGUUUAUGAUUGUGCCAAUCAUUGAACAAAUGGAGACAAACUGGUGAAUAUAUAUGUCUACAUGCAUUUAGUUAACAGAUAGGUAGUGCCUCUCACAGAACAUUUCAAUUACUUUUCUUAAAGACCAUAUAUUUCAUACAUUAUUUUAUAUAAAUCCAUUUACAACUAUGAUUAAAGCACAGAGAUAUGUUUUUUCAUCAAGAUGUACACAUGUAACACGGGUGUUUAUAAAGUGUAUGUUAAAAAAAGAACGAAACGAUAAAAAUAUAUACGAAAAA